AUGUCAAGCCAAGAGGAUCCAUAUAAAUCGCUAACCCAAUCGAUAAAAGCUUUGAAGAAGCCAUUGGAAAUAUUAAUGAAAAAUCAUGAUGAAUUCUUAUUACAGAACGUACAAAUUAUGAACAAUGUUAAUUCCUUGCCAAAAUUUAACCUGGACUUGCAAGAAGAAUUGAGAAAUAAACAAAAAAGAUGA